GUUGAGCUCGCCGCGGACCCAAGAUGGCGGCGUGUGGACGUGUACGGAGGAUGUUCCGCUUGUCGGCGGCGCUGCAGCUGCUGCUGCUCGCCGCGGCCGGGGCCCAGAAACACCCAGGCCAGGGCGGCCACAGCCAGGUCCAGGGCCCCGGGGCCAACCUUGUGUCCUUCGUAGGGCAGCCUGGAGGCGGCGGGGCAGCGGGGCAGCAACAGCCUCAGGCAUCUCAGCUCCAGCAGCAGCAGCAGCAGCAGCAGCAGCAGCAACCGCCUCAGCCACCGCAGCCGCCUUUCCCGGCGGGAGGGCCUCUGGCCCGGCGGGGCGGAGCGGGGCCCGGCGGGGCUGGCGGGGGCUGGAAGCUGGCAGAGGAAGAGUCCUGCAGGGAGGAUGUGACCCGUGUGUGUCCCAAGCACACCUGGAGCAACAACCUGGCGGUGCUCGAGUGCCUGCAGGACGUGAGGGAGCCUGAAAAUGAAAUUUCUUCGGACUGCAAUCAUUUGUUGUGGAAUUAUAAACUGAACCUAACUACAGAUCCCAAAUUUGAAUCUGUGGCCAGAGAGGUUUGCAAAUCUACCAUAUCAGAGAUUAAAGAAUGUGCUGAUGAACCAGUUGGAAAAGGUUAUUUGGUUUCCUGCUUGGUGGAUCACCGAGGCAACAUCACUGAGUACCAGUGUCACCAAUACAUCACCAAGAUGACGGCCAUCAUUUUCAGUGAUUACCGUCUAAUCUGUGGCUUCAUGGAUGACUGCAAAAAUGACAUCAAUAUUCUGAAAUGUGGCAGCAUUCGGCUUGGAGAAAAGGAUGCACAUUCACAAGGUGAGGUGGUAUCAUGCUUGGAGAAAGGCCUGGUGAAGGAAGCAGAAGAAAGAGAUCCCAAGAUUCAAGUCUCUGAACUCUGCAAGAAAGCCAUUCUCCGGGUGGCUGAGCUGUCCUCAGAUGACUUUCAUUUAGACCGGCAUUUAUAUUUUGCUUGCCGAGAUGAUCGGGAGCGUUUUUGUGAAAAUACGCAAGCUGGUGAAGGCAGAGUGUAUAAGUGCCUCUUUAACCAUAAAUUUGAAGAAUCCAUGAGUGAAAAGUGUCGAGAAGCACUAACAACGCGCCAAAAGCUGAUUGCCCAGGAUUAUAAAGUCAGUUAUUCAUUGGCCAAAUCCUGUAAGAGUGACUUGAAGAAAUACCGGUGUAAUGUGGAAAACCUUCCUCGAUCCCGGGAAGCUAGGCUCUCCUACCUUCUGAUGUGUCUGGAGUCAGCUGUACAUAGAGGGCGACAAGUGAGCAGUGAGUGCCAGGGGGAGAUGUUGGAUUACCGACGCAUGUUGAUGGAAGACUUUUCCUUGAGCCCUGAGAUCAUCCUGAGCUGUCGGGGGGAGAUUGAACACCACUGUUCUGGAUUGCAUCGAAAAGGGCGAACCCUGCAUUGUUUGAUGAAAGUAGUUCGGGGCGAGAAAGGGAAUGUUGGCAUGAACUGCCAACAAGCGCUUCAAACAUUGAUUCAAGAGACUGAUCCUGGUGCAGAUUACCGCAUUGACAGAGCUCUGAAUGAAGCUUGUGAAUCUGUAAUACAGACAGCCUGCAAACACAUCAGAUCAGGAGACCCAAUGAUCCUCUCAUGCCUGAUGGAACAUUUAUACACAGAGAAAAUGGUGGAAGAUUGUGAACACCGUCUCUUAGAGCUGCAAUAUUUCAUCUCCCGUGAUUGGAAGCUGGACCCUGUCUUAUACCGCAAGUGCCAGGGAGAUGCAUCUCGUCUUUGCCACACUCACGGUUGGAAUGAAACCAGUGAACUUAUGCCUCCUGGAGCUGUGUUCUCUUGCUUAUAUAGACACGCCUACCGCACUGAGGAACAGGGCCGGAGGCUCUCACGGGAGUGCCGAGCUGAAGUCCAAAGGAUCCUACAUCAACGUGCCAUGGAUGUGAAGCUGGAUCCUGCCCUCCAAGAUAAGUGCCUGAUUGAUCUGGGAAAAUGGUGCAGUGAAAAAACAGAGACUGGACAGGAGCUUGAGUGCCUCCAGGAUCAUCUCGAUGACUUGGCUGUAGAAUGCAGAGAUAUAGUCGGCAACCUCACCGAGUUAGAAUCCGAGGAUAUUCAAAUAGAAGCCUUGCUGAUGAGAGCCUGUGAACCCAUAAUUCAGAACUUUUGCCACGAUGUGGCAGAUAACCAGAUAGACUCUGGGGACCUGAUGGAGUGUCUGAUACAGAACAAGCACCAGAAAGAUAUGAAUGAGAAGUGUGCCAUUGGAGUCACUCACUUCCAACUGGUGCAGAUGAAGGAUUUUCGAUUCUCUUACAAAUUUAAAAUGGCCUGCAAAGAGGAUGUGUUGAAACUUUGCCCCAACAUAAAGAAGAAGGUGGACGUGGUGAUCUGCCUAAGCACCACCGUGCGCAAUGACACUCUCCAGGAAGCCAAGGAACACAGGGUGUCCCUGAAGUGCCGCAAGCAGCUGCGGGUGGAAGAGCUGGAGAUGACAGAAGACAUCCGUCUGGAACCAGACCUGUACGAAGCCUGCAAGAGUGACAUUAAGAACUACUGUUCCACUGUGCAAUAUGGCAAUGCUCAGAUUAUUGAAUGUCUGAAAGAAAACAAGAAGCAGCUAAGUAACCGUUGCCACCAGAAAGUUUUUAAGCUGCAGGAAACAGAGAUGAUGGACCCAGAACUAGAUUACACCCUCAUGAGAGUCUGCAAGCAGAUGAUAAAGAGAUUCUGUCCAGAAGCAGAUUCCAAAACUAUGUUGCAGUGCUUGAAGCAAAAUAAAAACAGUGAAUUGAUGGAUCCCAAAUGCAAACAGAUGAUAACUAAGCGCCAGAUCACCCAGAACACAGAUUACCGCUUAAACCCUGUGCUGAGGAAAGCCUGUAAAGCUGACAUUCCUAAAUUCUGUCAUGGUAUUCUGACUAAGGCCAAGGAUGAUUCGGAGCUCGAAGGUCAAGUCAUCUCUUGCCUCAAGCUGAGAUAUGCUGACCAGCGCCUCUCUUCAGACUGUGAAGACCAGAUCCGGAUUAUUAUCCAGGAGUCUGCUCUAGAUUACCGACUCGAUCCUCAGCUCCAGCUACACUGCUCAGAUGAGAUCUCCAGUCUAUGUGCUGAAGAAGCAGCAGCCCAGGAGCAGACAGGUCAAGUGGAGGAGUGCCUCAAAGUUAACCUGCUCAAAAUCAAAACGGAAGGGUGUAAGAAGGAAGUGUUAAACAUGCUGAAGGAGAGCAAAGCAGACAUCUUUGUGGACCCAGUUCUUCAUACAGCUUGUGCCCUGGACAUUAAACACCACUGUGCAGCCAUCACCCCUGGCCGUGGGCGUCAAAUGUCCUGCCUCAUGGAGGCCUUGGAGGAUAAGCGAGUGAGGUUACAACCUGAGUGCAAAAAACGCCUUAAUGACCGGAUUGAAAUGUGGAGUUAUGCAGCGAAGGUAGCCCCAGCGGAUGGCUUCUCUGACCUCGCCAUGCAAGUGAUGACAUCUCCGUCAAAGAACUACAUUCUCUCUGUGAUCAGCGGGAGCAUCUGUAUAUUGUUCCUGAUUGGCCUGAUGUGUGGACGUAUCACCAAGCGAGUGACACGAGAGCUCAAGGACAGGUAGAGCCACCUUGACCACCAAAGGAACUACCUGUCCAGUGCCCAGUCUGUACAGCCCUCCUGUAUAGUGUACCCACUCACCUCGUUCUUCUAAGAGGUGACACCAACACUCAUGUUAGAGCAGCAGCAGGUAUCCACUGCGUUGUCCCAUCUCAGACUUCGCCCCUGUCCAUGGUGUCCUCCUCCUCCUCGACCAUUUGUGCAGCAUCAGCAGCUGGCCACUUUGGUUAUUGCCUUUGUUGGCAAACUUGGAUUUACCUGCCCGUAGACAAGUCUCUCUCAUACCAAUGGAAUUACCAAUACUUCCAGAACCAACUCACCUGACCUGCAACUCAAAUGAUUUUUUUUAAAAAAAAAAACACCAAAAAAAAAAAAAGGAAUUUUUAAAGAAAGAAAAAAAUGUAUAUAGUAACACAUCUCCUCCAGGCUUGCUUUGGGCGAUGGGGUUAUGUCUUCGUGACUGUGUAAAGUGAAGGCAGGACUUUAGAGGGAAACGCACCACCCAAUACUCUGUAGCUGGGGUGUCUUGCUCAUUUCUCAAAAGCACCUUUGGGCCACGUCAGGGCCACGGACUUCACCAAGUAGUGGGAAACCUUUAACUAGCCUGCUUUGGGUCUUGUUUUCUUCUGCUGGAACAGUGAUGCCUUCCAGUUCCCACCCUAACAGAAUCACUGCUGGUCAAGACUCCAAGGCCGUGAUCUCCUCACCUCGGUGACGUGAAGCAUGUGCUUCCCUAGGCAAGGGCAUGUGGGUUGGGGAAGGGAUCAGAAGUGGGUGAAGCUGGUCAGUCCACUGAUCUGCGCUGAGAGGCUGGACCCUGAGUCCAGGCAGCAGGAUCCCGGUAAUCUCCUUCCUCCAGGCUAGUGCAGGACUCAGUCACAUCUAGACUGACUCUGCUGGAGUAGCAGUUACCCCAGAAACCCUCCACUUCACAGGAGGCGGGAACUGUGGGGCAAGGGGGCUCAGGGCAGGAAGGAGAGCGGGGGAUUGAUUCACUUUGCUUUAUUUUCCAGGCAACAAUGCAGGUCAGAGACAAUGGCUUAUAAAGAUUUAGCGUGGCACAGGGUGUGACUGGCAGUCUAACCUGACCUUUCUGCAGGCUCAAGGCCAGCUUCCCAGACAAGCUCCUUUAUGCCUCUACGUGGAGAGGGUGUGGAAAGUUAUUACAUUCAAAGAUGGAGGCUUUUCUCCAUUUUUUUUUCCUUUCUGUCCAUUUGCUGCAUACACCCACUGUAGUAGGCAUCGGCUACAUGUUGUACUUUGAUGAUUCAACAGUCUUUCCAGAAUCUGAGCUCUAUGGAAGCAGCAUUCCUGGCCGUCCUCCCUCAUCCCUGCGUGUGGAGAUGACAGGUUUGGAGUAUAAAGAGGGAGGAGUGCAGGCAUCAUGGUUCAACCUGGCACAGCUUGGCUUGAGUUUAGGGCUGGAGUCACAGUGGCUGCACAAGAGGGCGGCAUGUACAGUAGGAGAUAUAUUUAUAUAAUAUAUAUUUUAUUAACCUGAUAGACGUCCACAAGUAUUAUAAAUCAUGUGCCUAAAACUGUCCACAUAGACCAUGGCACCCUUCCUUGCCCUGCCCCUCCUUUGCCACUGUCCACAUGUGCUGUGGGACCUGCACAACAUUUGUCUUCCCUGAAAUGUGCUCAAUACAAAGUGGGUCAAUUUGUGGAUCAGUUGAUCCAAAUUACUCCGUGUCUAACCUGACUGACAUAUAUUUGAAUACUGUGGUUUUCUUCUUUUUCUUUCUUUUUUCUUUUUGCUAUCCUUCCUGGAGGCAGUAGGUUCCAGAAGCCAGCUGUAUAUCCCCCCUACCUAGGGUACUACAAGUCUCCAAGGGGAGCUGCUAAGCUGCUUGGUCCUCUCAGUCCUGCUUUUAGGGUCUUCCUGAUUCUCAGCAACUGCCCUGGGAUUCUUCAGUCUCAAAACUUGAAACUCUUGGCAUCCGAGCAGCACCCCCUCCUGCCACCACUGUCGGGCUGAAUUGAGCUGGGGCAGGUAGUCCACCUCCAGGGUUCCCACCUGGGUGGCGGGGGCUUGGGAUUGAGAACGGGGGAUGUCAUCUAAAUGCAGGUCUCCACUGACGUGUCUGGUGUGAUUUACAGGUUAGGAUAAAUGUUCACCAUGUGAUGAGAAUGGGGUACCAUUCUCCAUCUCUGCAGUCUCCCUCCCAAUACAUGUAAAACAUCUCCAUGGUUUACGUGUUAGUCUUGGUCUUUCUGUUCUUUUUGAACUGAGAGACCAUCUCAUUAGUUGUCUGCAGCAGAUCUGGAAGUUUGAAAAGGAGUUUGAUUCUUGAAACAUUUGUCACCUUUAGAAAUGGUCAGAAUAGAAGGGAUGACUGCUGGUGUUUUCAAUUACUGGUUGCUAGGAAGCAUUUCACCAUCUUACUUGGAAUAGUUUCAUGUGACUGGUUCUUGAGGGUCCCAGGUGGUGUUCCUGAGCAGUUUUCUACAUCCAGGGGGCCCAGCACCAUCUGAACUUGCAGCCCAACUGUACCUAUUCUGUACCCCAUUUGAUAUAACAAAACCGCUUCUGGGGCACCUCUGAGUACUGGCCUCAUAGGUCAGUCAUGGGUAAAUCAACUAGUCAAGAACUCGUCAAGAAGAGGAAACCAUGGCCCUAGAUGAGGGACUGAUGAUGGACCUUGGUCUUUAUCUCUUCUCCUGAUGUCUAGCCCAUGAACAAUAACCUAAGCAGCAGAGCAGGUAGAUUUUUUUUGCCAAGGCUCUAGGCACUUGCUGAAAAUUAACAGUAGCCAGGUAACUCAUCUGUCCUUGUCAGCUCACUGCAGUGUCUCAGGGACUCAUACUUACUUAGUGUGCUCCACCACAUUCCAGAGGCACGAGGAGAUCAGUCUCCUGGGCUGGAGGCCCUGUGAUACAGGAAAUCAAAAAUCUAGAGAAAACAUCAAGAACGAGACCAACUGCUCCCUCUAACAGAGCUACCAACAGACGGGUAGCUCUGGGAGUGAGACCUGUAUCCUGGUGCAUCCCUGGCCUCCCUCUGCUAUUGUUGGUGCCCCAAGAGAAGCCUGCUAGCACGAUGUGCCCAUAUGGGAGCCAUAGCAAAAGCUGGAGUUCAGUCCAGCCGGAAAACCCUCCUUCUCUGGGUUCCCUAGAGACCUUCUAGCUUCCCCUCCCAGACCCGCUGUGGAUCCGGUAGCUUGUUCUGAGCCAGUGCAUCCUCAGAAGCAGGGGAAUUCCAGUAUUUAGUGAGCAAGUGUUGACCUGAGUUUGUGGCAGGCCUUUGGCUUUCUCACAUCCUGCACUGACUCUCCUUGGGGACAGUGAAGAGCUCUGCCAGUGGGGAGGGAGGGAGAUUCUGCUUUCCUAGAAGAGGCAACAAAAUUACUACCAGAUUUCAUUUCUUCCCAUUUCCUGAGGCCAUGUAAUAGAAGAAUCCAGUGGUAAAGAGGUCUGUAGCAUCCAUUUACAUUUUAUCAGAUAAAGUGGAAAGGGAGUUGUAUGCUGACUUCCCUCUACCUUCCCCAAGAGAAGAUUUACUCUCAUAUGCAAGCGUGACUUCUGGAAGUGGCUCCCAUCCUCCCCACCUCCAGGCUGUAGUACUGCGUCUAGCCCGGAGAGCCCCACUGUAGUGAGACGUCCAGGGAGGGGCGGGCUGCUUCACACGGCUUCCUUUCUUAGCGAGUCUUAAGUUCCCCUGAAACGGCCUUCACUCUCCGUUUCUUCCCCUCCCCGACCAAAGAAUAAACAUUCUCCACAUAUAACUUAUUCUAAGUAAGCAGAUGUGGAGAAGGAAGCUGAAAUAGGGACCCUGGAAGCCAGCCAAUCCAGUCUGACACAUUCAACCUAAAUUUUGGCCAUAGAACAAAAAAUAUGUCUUUUAGAAUCAUGUGCAUUUUGGUAUGUUUACUUGCAUUUCAGAUUCUUAUGAAUUUGAAAAACCUCAAAGAUCCCUUUUAUUUCUCACCAUUUGGACAGCUCCUAAGUAGUUUUAUAAAGUGAGCAUCUAGUGCCCUGAGUUUCUUCUGGGCCUUCAGGGACACUUCUAAUUCACCUCUUCGCUACUGAUCUUUGGUUCCCAAAGGCCUGGGGCCAGAGCUGAUCUUCUGGCUUGCCUCUCUCUCUCUCAUUUGUCUUUGGUUGGCAGUCUCUCUAACUCUACUCCUCUUGGUCCUCCUCCUCUCCACUAGGACCAGGAUCACAAGUUAGGGUAGUCAAGUUUGAAGUCGAAUUCCCCUUCCUGUCCAGACCUCAGACAACAGAUCAGUUAUUAGCAAACCCAGACUGACUUGUCAGAGUGACAGGCUUCCCCAGACCAUCUGGUGAGAUCACUGUGGAGACCCAGGGAUUGUCUGUCAUCUGGAGCACAAAGGUGGGACUGUCUGCCUGGGCUAGUGGUCACAGGGUCCUGAUGGUGGUUUCCUCUCCUUCCCCCUUCCCCAGAUCUUCACCACACACAGGUAGGGAUGCUGGGAUACAUGCAGUGGAGAAAUCUCCCUGGGCAAGGAGAAAAUUCAGACAGUGCCUCUAUAUUCUGUUUUUGCCUUCCCCCCAACAUAGAAUGGACACCUGGACCCCAGAGCCCCACAGGCCCUAUGCCAGACAUGCUAGGGUGGUUCGAACAGGUCCCCUGGUCAGACUGCAGUGCACUGAUGGAGUGGCCGACAGGAGAGCUGGCAGCUGGAGGCAUCCUGAGCGGCUUCUCCCAGCACAGUGUUCCCAAGUCAGUCCAAGCAGGAAAACAGACUGUACAGCAAAUGCUGUGUGAAAUCUUAGGCCUUUAACUUUUUAUUUUUAAGAAAGAAAGAAAAAUUAACAAGCUUCUUUUGUAAAUGGUUUUCCUUUCUAUGUAUAAAAUCCUGGCAGUUCCUUGUUUUUACAUGUUCAUGCUGUGUAAUUUUGAGAUGUUACUGAGAAUCUGAACAUAAUGUGCAUUUUUUUCUGUACAGAUGAAAUGGGAGAAUUUAAUAAAGAGUUUGCAGGUUUUUACUUGUUAAA